CCAACCAGCCCUUCAAACAGAAGUCCGGCACUACAAUAGAGGGCGGGCUGUGCGAAUCCCAUCUGCCAAGCCUUUAACUGGCUGUGCAUUGACAACCUGCGGAUGAUAUAAACAGUAGCAAAAGGUCUCCGUACAUUAAGAGUUACUGCAGAGGAUAAAGGGCAGAUCGGCCCGCUGUGCACCCGGGAAGCUCCGCCCGUUAGCGGCGUCUCCUCUCCUCCUCAGCCCUCAUUCAAAACAGAACACAGCUGUUGCGAGGCGCAUCGUCGUGUCCGGGAGUGUUAGCCUAACAAAAACGGUUAGCAGCCUGCUUUCCGCUGAUGUGCCCGCUGGAAUACCAGAAGAAGAACGAGCAAAACGGCGCACUUCGACAGCAGAGACCAGCCUUGGAGAACGAUAAAACUCGAUAGACAGACGAAAACUGAACAACAGCCCAACUUCACUUAAAGCAUUAUGUACAUCUGACACCCAUCUGAGGGCCGGGCGGGCUUUGCUGUAGCUGAGGAUGAUGAAUGGUCUCCUGCAUUAGAGCUAGAUGGUGUGGGAAUGAUGGACCUCCCUAAUGGCCAAUCCAGUAUCUCCACCAGUGCUGCCACAGUCUCUGAGAAGAGCAGCAGCUCAGAAUCUCUCAGUGAUAAGGCAUCUUCAGAGCUGAAGAAGAGUUUUGACGCAGUUGUGUUCGAUGUGCUGAAGGUCACUCCUGAGGAAUAUGCAGGCCAGAUUACACUCAUGGAUGCUCCUGUGUUCAAAGCCAUCCAGCCAGAGGAGCUGUCAAGUUGUGGCUGGAACAAGAAGGAGAAGCACAGCUCUGCUCCAAAUGUUGUGGCCUUUACCUGCAGGUUCAACCAGACAAGUUUCUGGGUGGUACGAGAGAUCCUCCAUGCACAGACGUUGAAGAUCAGAGCCGAGGUGCUGAGUCUGUAUAUUCGCACUGCCAAGAAACUGUGUGACAUGAACAACCUCCAUGCGGUAAUGGCAGUGGUGUCAGCAUUACAAAGUGCUCCCAUCUUCAGGCUAACCAAAACUUGGGCGUUACUUAAUCGUAAGGACAAGGCAACGUUUGACCGGCUUGAUUACCUGAUGUCCAAAGAAGACAACUAUAAACGCCUGAGAGACUACAUCAGCAGCCAGAGCAUGGUUUCUUGCAUACCAUACCUAGGAAUGUACCUUUCCGAUCUGACAUAUAUAGAUUCAGCCUACCCCUCCACGGGCAGCAUACUGGAGAACGAACAGAGAUCAAACCUGAUGAAUAACAUUCUCAGAAUCAUAUCGGACCUGCAGAGAUCCUGUACCUACGAUAUACCAGUGUUGCCUCAUAUACAGAAGUAUCUCAACUCAGUCAGGUAUAUUGAGGAGUUGCAGAAGUUUGUGGAGGAUGACAAUUACAAAUUGUCACAGAAGAUUGAGCCAGGCACCAGCACACCACGAGCCAACGCCUCCAAAGAGGAUCUUGUCGGUCAGGAAGCGUCAGCAUCUCCUCUCUGUGGACGUAAAUGUGCGGUAGCACCAGACGGAACCAAAGUCCCAGCAACACCGCCAUCCCCCAGGAACCUUCUGCCCUACGGACACAGGAAGUGCCACAGUCUGGGCUACAACUUUAUCCAUAAGACAAAUACAGUAGAGUUUAAAAGUGCUACAUUUCCCAAUGCUGGCUCUCGCCAUCUGUUGGAUGACAGCGUGAUGGAAAGCCACAGUCCUACCAGGGGACAAGCAGAGAGCUCGACUCUGUCCAGUGGCAUUUCACUUGGGAGCAGUGAGGGCUCGGAGCUCAGCGAAGAGAUGUCUUGGCCAGCUUUUGAGAGGACUCGGUUCUAUCACUCUCUGGGCCCAGUGACCCGUGUGGCCCGCAUCCCCUACAAAGGCGUCUUGAGGCCCAGCAGCUCAGCUGAGUCAGAGGAACUUGCAGUUCACUUGUACCCUGGAGCAGUCACAGUGCAAGGAGUGUUAAGGCGAAAGACUGUGCUCAAGGAGGGCAAGAAACCAACUGUGGCAUCUUGGACCAAAUACUGGGUUGCUCUGUGUGGAACCCAACUCUACUACUACCCUGCCAAAUCCUUGAAGGCCACUGAGAGAAAACAUUUCAAGUCCACGUCCAGCAAGAUCGUGUGUGUGGUCGGUCUGAUGGCUAUGAUGGCUGACGAUCCUGAGCACCCUGACGUCUUCUUGCUGACCGACUCUGAGCAUGGUAACACCUACAAGUACCAGGCAGGGAACAGAAUGAAUGCUUUGCUCUGGUACAAACAUCUGAGUGCUGCCUGUCAGAGCAAUAGGCAACAGGUGCCAGCCAAUCUGAUGUCAUUUGAGUGACUUGUGAUUAGAAGUGCGGCUGAGCAAAGGAGAGAGGGAUGAGGAGACAGACGAGGACGAUGGGGAAGGAGUGCUGACUCAGUAAUGGGAGCUUUCACUGCCAUCAACCCUGACCACCGAUUCUCCGAUUCUUUGCCCUGGCCUCACUGCAGCCUCACCUGCCACCACUGCCUUAACCAGAGUACCCUGUGUGUGUGUUUGUAUUUGACAGUGAAUGCGAAUCCGUGUGAAUGAAAAUGACUGUUUUGGAUUUAUUAACUACUGAACAAGGACCUGCACCACUGCUCAUGUC